AUGGAGCGGAAAGGUGAGCGGUGGAGCGGCUUCUGCCACGAGGGGCAAGGGCUGCUCCGGCGAGGCCCGGGUCAGCGCCGGGAGCUUCGCCUAAUCGCCGCCGUCCGGUCCCCGGGCGUGCGGCGCCGCUCCACUGAGGUGGCGCCGCCCCUAAACCCCCGCCUCCGGGCUGGCGGUUCGCGCCCCUCUGCCCGGGCGUCCUCCGAAGUCGGCCGUCACCGCCCCUUGUUCCCCGCCAGUCCAGCUCGCGCCUUGGGGCCACUACAGGGCCCGGCCCUCGGCGGGCGAGGCAGACCCCCGCCAGCCCGCCCCCUGACCCGGCCCGAGCUCCCUCCGGUGCAUCCUGCCCGGGCGCUUCUCUGCGCCCCGUGGGCCACCAGGCACCCGGCCGGCCGCCUCGCCGAAGCCGGGGCGCUCACCCCGCAGCCUCCCCUCAGGCAGGCCCCUCAGCCGGGCUUGGCGCCCCUGCUAGGUCUCCACUUUCACCUUGGUGGCCUCCUUUCCUCCACAUUCGCCCUUCAUCCAUCCCUCUCUUCUGCAGUGCUUGCGCUCCAGGCCCGAAAGAAAAGGACCAAGGCCAAGAAGGACAAAGCCCAAAGGAAAUCUGAAACUCAGCAUCGAGGCUCUGCCCCCCACUCUGAGAGUGAUCUACCAGAGCAGGAAGAGGAGAUUCUGGGAUCCGAUGAUGAUGAGCAAGAAGAUCCUAAUGAUUAUUGUAAAGGAGGUUAUCAUCUUGUGAAAAUCGGAGAUCUAUUCAAUGGGAGAUAUCAUGUGAUCCGAAAGUUGGGCUGGGGACACUUUUCAACAGUGUGGUUAUCAUGGGAUAUUCAGGGGAAGAAGUUCGUGGCAAUGAAAGUAGUUAAAAGUGCUGAACAUUAUACCGAAACAGCGCUAGAUGAAAUCCGGUUGCUGAAAUCAGUUCGCAAUUCAGACCCUAAUGAUCCAAAUAGAGAAAUGGUUGUUCAACUGCUAGAUGACUUUAAAAUAUCAGGAGUUAAUGGAACACAUAUCUGCAUGGUGUUUGAAGUUUUGGGACAUCAUCUGCUCAAGUGGAUCAUCAAGUCGAACUAUCAGGGGCUUCCACUGCCUUGUGUCAAAAAAAUUAUUCAGCAAGUGUUACAGGGUCUGGAUUAUUUACACACCAAGUGCCGUAUCAUCCAUACUGACAUUAAACCAGAAAACAUCUUAUUGUCAGUAAAUGAGCAGUAUAUUCGGAAGCUGGCUGCUGAAGCAACAGAAUGGCAGCGGUCUGGAGCUCCUCCACCUUCCGGAUCUGCAGUCAGUACUGCUCCCCAACCUAAACCAGCUGACAAAAUGUCAAAGAAUAAGAAGAAGAAAUUGAAGAAGAAGCAGAAGCGCCAGGCAGAAUUACUAGAGAAGCGAAUGCAGGAAAUUGAGGAAAUGGAGAAAGAGUCGGUCCCUGGGCAAAAAAGACCAAACAAGCAAGAAGAAUCAGAGAGUCCUGUUGAAAGACCCUUGAAAGAGAACCCACCUAAUAAAAUGACCCAAGAAAAACUUGAAGAGUCAAGUACCAUUGGCGAGGAUCAAACACUUAUGGAACGUGGUGUAGAGGUUGGUGCAACAGAAAUUAAUUGCAAUGGAGUAAUUGAAAUCAUUAACUAUACUGAAAACAGUAAUGCAGAAACAUUGAGGCUUAAAGAGGAUCUACGUAAUGCUAAUGACUGUGAUGUCCAAAAUUUGAAGCAGGAACCUAGCUUCCUAAGCUCCCAAAAUGGAGACAGCAGCACAUCUCAAGAAACAGACUCCUGUACACCUAUAACCUCUGAGGUGUCAGAUACCAUGGUAUGCCAGUCUUCCUCAACUGUAGACCAGCCAUUCAGUGAACAGGAUAUCAGCCAACUUCAAGAAAGCAUUCGGGCAGAAAUACCCUGUGAAGAUGAACAGGAGCAAGACCACAAUGGACCACUGGACAACAAAGGAAAAUCCACUGCUGGAAAUUUUCUUGUUAACCCCCUUGAGCCAAAAAAUGCAGAAAAGCUCAAAGUGAAGAUUGCUGAUCUUGGAAAUGCCUGUUGGGUGCACAAACAUUUCACUGAAGAUAUUCAAACAAGGCAGUAUCGCUCCCUGGAAGUUCUAAUAGGAUCUGGCUAUAAUACCCCUGCUGACAUUUGGAGCACAGCAUGCAUGGCCUUUGAACUGGCCACAGGCGACUAUUUGUUUGAACCUCAUUCAGGGGAAGAAUAUACUCGAGAUGAAGAUCACAUUGCAUUGAUCAUAGAACUUCUGGGGAAGGUGCCUCGCAAGCUCAUUGUGGCAGGAAAAUAUUCCAAGGAAUUUUUCACCAAAAAAGGUGACCUGAAACACAUCACGAAGCUGAAACCCUGGGGCCUUUUUGAGGUUCUAGUGGAGAAGUAUGAGUGGUCUCAGGAGGAGGCAGCUGGAUUCACGGAUUUCUUACUGCCUAUGUUGGAGCUGAUCCCUGAGAAGAGAGCCACUGCCGCUGAGUGUCUCCGGCAUCCUUGGCUCAACUCCUAAGCCUGUACCCAGCACCGCAGCAGAGAUCACACACUGACCAUCCACCCCUCCCCUCCAAGCUUUUCCCUCUUCCCUUUUCAGGGUGAAGCUCUUCCUUCAAGGAUUUCAGGAAUUUUUUUUUUUUUUUUUUUUUAACUCCAACAUGUUCAUUUGGGUUUGCUUACUUGACCCUGUGGAGAUUUCCACAGCCUUUGGGCAUCCUAGGUGAAUUUGGCCUUGGUUGGGCUCUGCCAAAGACUAAUGAACUAAAAUGUGAAACAGCCUCUCACCCUGUACCCUUGCCUUUCCAUUAGGACACUCUUUAAACUAUAAGCAUCCUUUUUAAAACGAGCUAUGAAGAUGUAUGAGCCCAUCCUUUUAUUCAUUGACUCUAAGAGUCAAAUUUUCUAGCGCAUAUCCUAUUGCCAGCAUAAGGAUGAGUAGGGGAAAGGGUGUUAAUUCUGUGUACAGCAGAGACAUUAAACUUGCUGUAUCCAGGCUGCAUCAUCUUCCUAGAUUAUUUCUGUUCUCUAUGUUCACAUUUGUUCCUGUGACUUCUAAGCUACUAUCUUUUUAAAUAAGCUGUAUAAACACCAAAUUUGGGUACCAUUUUAUCACUGUUCAAAGCACGUAAAAUUCUUUUUAAUGAAUCUUAAGAUCUUUGAAUCUUCAGUGUGAUUUUUAAUGUAAACAAAAACGGAACCAUUGAAUAGUAAUUUGUUGAGAACCUCACUUCUGCAAACAGUUCUUUUCUGUGUGUCUUCUGUUACCCUAAGAGCAGAGUUAUUCUGAUUGGUUGUUUUGUUUUAGUUUUUGUUCUUUUAAUCCCUGGCUGGCACUUUACUCUUUGUACUUGAGUUUACUAUCCCAUAACUAAAGAAUCAGGAUGACUCUAGAAAGGAGAUCUGGGUUUUGGAGUUUUCCCAUCUAAGAAGAAAAAUGUCCUAGAGUUCUGAUUCUUUUCUAAACAGUCCCUGCUUUUUAUUUACAGAUUUUUCUUUACCUUGCCCAAAAUUCUGGUCUUGAAGCAGUUUCCUUCUGAGGCUUUUCCUUUCUUAUUUUCUCAGAGGCUUGGGGUCUUUAAUGAAACCCCAAAUAAAAGAACCAAGGGGAGAGGUAGGAAGGUACAUUUUUCUUUUUUUUUUUUGUUUUUAAGAUUAGCCAUUCUCUGCUGCUAUUUCCUUGUAUAAUGUAAGUUUUUAACUGCAAUUUUGAGAUGUACUUGAGGCUUUUUUCUUUUUCUUUAAUUAGUAAUGGCUUUGCAAAUUUUAUUUUAGGAUGGGCUUCUCCUAGACUUGCCAUAGACAUUACGUAUUCCUCGGGUAAUAUUGAAAAGCAAAAGAGGGGCAGAGUCGGGGUCACAGUUGCUUGUUCAGCAUGGACCAAGUGGGCCUUGGGUAUUAUAGCAUUUUCCAGAAGCGGCUACAGGACUCUAAUUUACAGAAGCCAAGGAGGUGCAACUUGAGGUUCUACUAGCAAAGUAUCCAUGAGACUGUUGGGUAGCCACCUCUCUAUAUGAAGAUUGGAAUCUAGUUUCUCUCAUUUAUCCACCAACAAUGAUAAAGGAAAAGUGGUGCCGUUAUGCAGUCCAUUUAACUCAUAUACACACUGUUCCGAGUAACUGGCCAGCUAUUCAUCGGAUCCUUGAUUGGGUACUCCCGAAGUCAGACAUGUUCCUGUAGAAAGAACUUUAAGUCAGCUAUGCACUACGCACCUAUCAAGAGUAAAGAGAAUAGAUUGUGUCAAACAACGGCAGGGAGAUCCUUCAGCAAUUCUAGUCCACUAUGGAUUUUCAACUGUAUUUACAUCUAAAGCAAUAGACUAGAACUAAUUCUGUUCUACAUUGCAAAAUCACAAUUGUGGAAUUACAGGAAUUGUGGUGAUGUUAAGAUGAAAUAACCAAAAAACACAAACAGAAAGCCCUGUUAUAACAAUUGACAGGAAAUUUUAAUAGGAGAGAGAACCUAAAACUUCAUUUUGGAAAUGUUUCCCCACCAAAUAAGGGCUUUUCCCCCUGUCAUUUAAGGAGCCAGAUAAAUUAGAAGAUGUGGAAAGAGGCAGCUGUAGAACUUGAUCUUCCAAGUACCCCACAUACUUUUAUUGAGCUUAAUCAUAAUACUGUCAAAUUGCCAUGAUCUCACUAAAGGAUUUCUAUUUGCUGUCAGUUAAAAAUAAAACCUGAAUACAUUUU